ACUGCAAGCAAUAAUACGCAAGCAUGGUAUGUUUCUUAAUUUCUCAACUAGUACAAAAUACUUAGCUGAACUACCCCCAUACAUUUGAGAUGUACAUGUUAUUAGGUGAGGAAGGUGAGACAUUCUUCACCCAAAAUGCUCAUCCUUUGAAGACACAAAAGCAAUCUCAAAGUCAGCUUCUUUGCACAUAAAUAAAAAGAGAUUAGGAAAAAAAAGGGAUUGCCAAGUGCCAACACUUACAAAUCAUUCAACUAGCUGAAAUACAAGUAUGGCAAAUCGCCAGAAAAUCCAUCCAGUAGCGGUUGUGGAAGCGCCACCACCAACAGCACCUUGGCCACCACCAGGCCCAGCAACAUCUCAUAAAGUCUGUCCAAGCCAUGCUUAUCACCGACAACCUUCAGCGAUUGUUAAUAAUCCAGACAUAACUCAGUCAAACCCGCCAAAGACGAGAAGUAGGUGCUGCAAAUGCAUAUGUUGGACAAUUAGCCUUCUCUUCCUCCUUCUAGUCUUUCUUGCAGCUGCAGUUGGCAUUCUUUACCUUGUCUUCAAGCCAAAACUUCCAACGUACUCCGUUGACAGGCUAAGAAUAAGCAAUUUAAGGCUCAAUUAUGACAUGACCUUAUAUGCAACACUGGGUGUGAAAAUCACAGCCAAUAAUCCGAACAAGAAAAUCGGAAUCUACUAUGAGGAAGGAGGGCACUUGAGCGUAUGGUACACAACUGCAAAGCUUUGCAAAGGGGCAUUACCAAUAUUUUACCAAGGUCACCAGAAUGUUACAAAGCUUGACGUAAUCUUAACUGGUCAAACGCAGUCUGGAAGCCCUUUGCUGAGAGCAUUGCAAAAGCAACAGCAGACUGGGCAAAUUCCAUUGAACUUAAAAGUUGAUGCACCAGUGGCAAUCAAGCUUGGGAAGUUGAAGCUGAGGAGGGUGAGAAUACUGGGGGAGUGCAUGUUGGUGGUGGAUAGCAUGGCUGCAAAUAAUAAAGUUAGUAUUAAAGCUAGCAAUUGUAGGUUUAAGCUGAAGCUGUAAAUUUAAGGUCUUUCAGAAUUCCCAAUGUCCCUUCUCGUUCUAUCUACCGUUUCCCCACUUUGUGUGUUGUUAUCUUCUGAUCCCAUUUGUAGGGAGGAAAUACUGAGUUUUCUCCAACAUUAAUUCAUAGUUGCCAAGGCUUGUUUCUAGUGGUCCCGCAAACUGGAUUCCUAAGGCUCUUUCUUUCUUUCUUUCUUUCUUUAUCCCCUAUCUCUCAAUUGAGAACCAUGGUACCAGGAGAGAAAAAAUUGAAUUCCCCCAUGCUGAUGACUAAUCAUCACACCUAAUCAGUCAGUCAGAACAGUUCACAUUUGUCAAUGUCAAAGGGAUCUGGAGACUUUUGGCUAUUCAACCUUGGUGGGAUGAAUAUCAAGUUAAGAAGCUUUCCUCCAUCACUUUGCAUAUGUUCAUAACAGAUAUGGUUGGAAGGUUGGUUAGAGGAAGAGUGGCUAAAGACACUCGAUUAGUCAGCCUUUAUGUUAGGAAUUUAGUAGGUUAUUUCCAAAAAAAGAUCUUUCUACAAGUUCCCCAUUAGGAAAUAUAGUAUAUUAGAAUUAGGAAUUAUAGUCUUGUUAGGUUUUGGAAGAUGAAUUUGAUAAUGGAAUAUUGAGAAUUUUGAUUUGCAUGAGGGCUGUGGCCUUAGUGUGUGUCUCUCUCUCUCCUCUUCUUUCAUUCUACCUGCCACAUUCACAGGUACUGUUCAAAGCACCCAAACUACUACUUUUCUUCUCUUCUACUUACAAGUUACAACUUUCUUCCAACACUAUUCCCUUGCAUUCCCCUUCAAUCUCCAUAUCCUUUCCUUUCGCACAAGGAAUCUUCAAACAAUUUAAAUGUCCUUCCCGUCACUGUUUUCCAGUAAGCUAAAACUUCCAUUGCAGCAACUGUUUUGCUUUAACCCUUCCUACACCUUAAAUUCUUGUAUGUCAGAUUUUCCAAACCAUUCCUCCAUUAGAAAUUAUAAUGAGAUCAGUGAUGAGUGAACACUUGAAGAAACAAAGAAAUGAAUAUGUGUUCAGUGUAACUAACAGAAUCGAUCAGAACAUAAAAACAUGACCGAAUUGGGCCUAGUUACUCUUAGGGACGAGUGGAAGAAGAGGGAGAUUCUUGAACAAGUAAAAGGAGCCAAUGACUUCAAAAGAAUUGAAUAAGGAGCCGUAGGAGGUGGCAAAUACCAAGCGCUUGUUUCACUCUCUAAAAAUGUACAACUGGCUAUUUAAGAAAUUGACGUUGAGGUAAAAACAACAUUUAAUCAGCAUUGGAGAUUAUGUU